GGGUGCCAAAUGCGAGUGGAGGCAUCAGAAUCUCCAUCAAACAGCGUUUAGUGUGGAUCAGAUUCCACAGAAUCAUAUGAACUCGUGGACAUGGCCAAUGGGCUAAUAGCCCAAAACCCAUUUCGGUUUUGGAGAAAAGCUCAGCGACUCGGAUCUACCGCUUCUAAGACGCCAUAACCAUUCACUGUCACCGAGCUCUCUCUUCUGGAAGCUCAAAGAUCUGACCCGCCAAUGUCGAGUAUACCAGACCCUCCCAAUUACAAGAAGUACGGCGUCCCUUUCUACUCCGUCGCUUGGGUUCCUUACAAGUCCAUCCGAUUCCACCACAAAUCGGAAGAAGAGCAGCAGCAAAACCACCCAGAUCAGACUCAUUCCGACACCGACGGCGACAACAACAACGCCGCCACUGCCGAACGGAACUACGUUGUAUCGGCCGGCGGUGGCGGUGCGGGUAACAGUGGGAUUCGAAACGCCAUCAUUCUCUCUCAAUUCGAUUACACAUCCAAUUCUCUCUCUGAUCAACCUGUGGAUAAACAUGAAACUGAUUCCGAUUUGCCGUACAGAAUGGCAGUUCACCCAGGUGGUGACGGUCUCGUUUGUUCGUUUCCUGAAAGUUGCCGAUUGUUUGAAUGGAAUCGAAAAAAUAGCAACGAAAAUGAUAGCCUUGUGGUAAAGCCGUCUGAGAAAGUGCUUACCCAGUUGGAAGAUGUUGGGCAACAAUUAGCAUUGAAAUUUAACAAUGAUGGUUCUGUUUUUGCUGCUGGUGGUGAGGAUGGCAAAUUAAGGGUUUUUAAAUGGCCUAGUAUGGAAAUUAUUCUCAAUGAAGAUCAAGCUCAUACUACUGUGAAGGACUUGCAUUUCAGCCAUGAUGGGAAAUUGCUUGUAUCCUUGGGAGGUGGUGGGCCAUGUAGGGUGUGGGAUGUAACUUCAUCCUCGGUUGUAACUUCUCUAAGAAAAGAAAAUGAUGAAAUUUUCUGUGCAUGCAGAUUUGCUUUAAGCAAUGAUGGGAAUCAUGUUCUAUAUAUUGCUGCAGUGACAGGUAAAGGUGGAAGCAUUGUGAAAUGGAACACAACAACAUGGAAUAGGAUUGUCUCAAAGCCUAUUGUUCGUGACGCAAUUUCUGCCUUUGAUGUUUCUGCUGAUGGAAAGCUCCUUGCAUGUGGGACAACUCAAGGAGAUGUUUGGAUUGUCAAUUCAGCAAGUAUGCGGAUUCAACAAGUGGUUCGGAAAGCCCACCUUGGUCUUGUAACUGCAUUGAGAUUCUCUAAUGAUUCAAGGGCUUUGGCUUCUGCAUCAAUGGACUCAAGUGUAAGGGUCACAACUAUUGAGGAAGAGAAGAAGACUGGUGGGUCGAGCUUGUGGAUUAUUCUAUUUAUCAUUUUACUUGCGAUUGCUGCAUAUUUCCUGAAGGAUCAUCCUGAUAUUAAGUCGUUUAUUACCCAAAUGUAAAAUUAUAUUGCAUGGAUUUUAAAAUUUGCAUAGAAGAAACAGCAUGGUGCUCAAGUUCUAAAGUCUAGAAAAUACUCUCUUGGUUUUGACGGAAUUGUGGUUUAGCUUCUUGUAUAGAAAAUUGACUUUUGGCUGCUUGUGCUAUUUGCCUAUAUCUCAGCCCCAUCUUUCAUAGCCAUAAGGCAGUGCUCAUGGCUGCAUUACAUUAAAUACGUGUGGAGUCUUCUUGGCUGAUUAGUUAAAAAAACGAUUAAAAAAUCGUUUCCUGAGCAAAAGCAAACGUUUAAGUUGUACAUUGAUUUAUUUAUUUUCUAUUUUUCA